CUCGACCUUGACCACAAACGUUUAUGACGGACAAGAGCAGCAGCAGCGAACUCAAGGUGCUCGUGACGCUAUCUCGUCACGGUAGCCGCGCGCCCAACGCGAUCGCCAAGCGGCUCUGUCCCGCGAACGCCGCCAACGCGCAGGCGUACCAAGUGCCACCGGCCCAGCUGACGGAGAAGGGCAUGGAGCAGCUCCGCCUCGCCGGCAACCACAUCCGCGAAGAGUACGUCGAGCGCCAGAAAUUCCUGUCGCCGUCGAUUGCGGGCCCCGAGCGACUGCACUUCGAAACGUACUUUCGCGCCGACUCGGCCGACCGCUGCGGCCAGAGCGCGCUCUCGCUCGGGUACGGCCUGUACCCGGACGAGACGGGCCCGAAGGGCUUCUCCAAGCAGCCGAUUGCGAUCUACAUGCAACUCAUCCAGAACGAACACGAGUUUGCCGCAACCGAAGGGCCGUGCGCCGCCGUCGCCAAGGCCGACGACCUUCGCUACGAGCGCAGCCGUGCGCAGGACCUCCUCCGCGAGAAGAAGGCGCUGCUCGACAGCGUAAGUGCGCUCUGCGGCGUGGACAUCCCGUCGAUUCCGAGCAUGGCCCACGGCGAAGACGUCAUCACGGGCAUCAAGGACAUUGCGGACGCCUUUACGUUUGACGCGCAAGCCGGGCUCCCGCCGCUGCCGGGCCUCACCUCGCAGAUUCGCGCCGAGAUGGAGCAACUCGCGUUCACGAACCUCAUGGAGCGCUACUACUCGACGCCCGAGCAGGUCACGUACUGGGUCGGUGGGUUUGGCGAUCUCUUGCUCAAGAACCUCAACCAAGCGACGCAGCCGACGCCGCUCGACGGUACCUACAAGUACUACUCGUACCACGGGCACCGCGAACUGCUCCACGGCCUCGGGAAGUUGCUUGGCUGGGAUUUCCAGUUCGAGGGCCUCCCCGUUGCGCUCAACACCUCCUCGUUGCACCCCGGCACGACCAUGACGUUCGAGGUUCGCGAACGCAAGCGCCAAUUCUUUGUCAACACGUUUGUGUGGUCGCCGCAGACCAGCCGCGACGCCGUGCGUCUCGCCAAGUGCUCGUCCAUUGACUGUCCGCUGGACGAGUUCAACGGCAUUUUCAAGGCCCAGCUCGACGCCACGGGCUCGUACGUGGACAUUUGUUCGCCCAAGGACGUGCUGGCAACGUCCGUCGACGACGAGGCGAUCGAGUACGACUCGAUCUUGCUCACGGUUGCGCCCUUCAUCGCACUCGUGGUGUUUGUGGCCAUGGCCGUUCACAGCGCCACCCGCCGCACAAAGCGCGCUGUCGAGUACCGCGUAUUGCCAUAAAUAAGAAUAAGAAAUAGAGUCGUUGCACCCAGCA